UGUAAAUAAAUUCAAAGUAGAGAAAACUUAUAACAAAAACUAAAAAAAAUGGCAUAUUACUUCGAGGAGCCGGGAGACUACGCAGUAACACCAAUGCUCAUUUCGCCCUGCGGCCCAGAGAAAUACUGUGAGGCACCUCCAAUAUGUUAUUCCUGCCUACCUCACUGUCCGAAAGGACAAAUGGUAUAUUACUGCGAUAAACCUCAAUGCACAAAGUCACCGAGAAGAAGAGAUGACCCUUGCAAUGAUAUUCCUGAAAAGCCAAAUUCACAUUACAAACGUCAACUCUCGCCUCCUACAAAGGAGGACUGUUGUCCCACGUGCAAUAAUCCUUGCAAACCAAUAAAAACGAAAUAUGUAAUACCGUGUUAUCGGUACGAAGAUGGACGAAUCGUGCGACAGUUACCGGUAUCUGCAUUCAAGCGGAAUGGUAUGCAAGACCAAGAGCAUUCUAGGUUAUUGGGUACUGCAAACUUUCUAAAACGAUGUCCUCGUGACGUAACAAUAGAAUGUGAAGUUAGUCCUGUGCAAGUGAGAGACCCCGUUAAAGUACCGAACUAUAACCACCCAUUAGACCGUCGUUUACUUAAGAAGGAACCUGUUGAAGUAUUUUUAGAAGAUGUUAUGGAUGACUGCAACUAAGUUUAAAGUUAACUCAUAAUGAAUAAAGUUAAUCAGCCUACAGUUCUAAUGCGCCGCGCAUGCGAGGUUGCCGUGGGCGCUCGGCCU